UUCUGUAAAUAAUGGUUAUUUUGAUCAGCUAACCGUAAGCUUUCAAUCAUUAAUCAUUUCUGUUACGAAUGGCUUACGUCUUAAGCAUCAUCUGUACAAUUCUCAAGCAUCGUAAUUUUUAUUAACGGAAUUAGGACGCAGGUGGACGGGAGCUGAGAGGCUGCAUGCGUGCGCAGCGUCCGAGGCUCCGGAGCGGCAGGCGGCGCGCGGCGCGGCAGUCGGCAUGAGGCGCGCUCGGAGCGUCACGGGGCCCUUGCGGCGCGCCCACCCCGCCUCGGGCGCCACCUGGAACGUCCAGGUGGUGAAGGGCAAGAUGAGCUCGCAAUGUUUAUGGCACGCAUGUCGCGCGCUCUCGGCUGGAUUGUUGCUGAUGCUCCUCGGUGCGGCGAUGGCGGUCAUAGGGUACUACGCGGACACGCUGUCGGUGGCGCAGGAGGUGCGCGGCAACUCCACCGUGUCCGUGAAGGACGAGGCGCGCGGCUUCCACCUCAACAACCUGUCAUACGCCGGACCUAUCGUCAUGGGAUUUGGCGGCUUCAUUGUGGUGGCGGCGUGUGUGAUGACGUUCGAGGCGCGUGACAGUGCCGCCAAGGUGACGCCGGCGCGGCCCACGGCCAUGCCGCGGCCGCUGCCCCGGCGCGGGCCGGCGUGCGCGGCUCCCGCUCGCCUCGACCAGCUCGGCGUCUACCGCCUGCCCCACGUGCUACCACUGCCUCACGCACUACCCCUCGCGCCACUACCCCACAGGCACCGACCAAGCCGCAGCAGAGUUGCUGGCGAAAGAGGAAAACCCCGAGCUCAGUUCGGUUCGGCGCCCGACUUGCAUAGCGCCAGCACCCGCGCCGCUCUGCCCAUCAGUGCGCUACGCCGGCCGCUACGCCGCUACGCGCUCUCCGUAGACGAGCCUCCGCAGUCAGCCGUUAGUGCAAGUGCAGCGGAAUCGGAGUGCGGGUCGCAGACGUCGCUGGCGCUGGACCUGCACGGCAGCGGCGCGUGCGCAGGCAUCACACUGCGCGUGCGCGACAACACGCGCCGCCGCCCGCUCGCGCGACAGCAGCGCCUGCGCGAUGAUACCGUGCAUCCUACUCCAGUGCAAAGUAUAAACAAUUUAAAUAACGUGGAAGAGCCCACAUUCAGAACGGAAGAUGAAGAUAUAAGUAAAAACAACAUCGAGAUGAUGCAUUUAAGCGUGGAGCGGGAGGUGCGUGCCAGCAGCGCGCCGCCGGCGCCGCGCGCGGAGCUGUCACCGCCACCGUCGCCGCGGCUCGUGGUCACGUCCUGCCUCGGCGACGGCCCGCCCGCGCCUGACACCUGCAUCACAAUGGAACCCUCUGCCACGACCCCCGACGAUGCCCCCACUACACCCAAAUGAGAAUUACCCUCGUCUCCACAAAGCGAGACACCUUAACGCCCUAUCGUACGCCAGAAGACGACUCUUGUUGAUAACAUUUUGAAGUCAUUAUACAAUUUUCGGUUACCCAUAAACUAAAAAGGUGUAUAGUACAUAUAUUAUGUACAUACAUACAUUUACCGAGUUUUCGAUGAGUCUUCAUAAAACGAUGGCAAUUAUUAUCUAUUUUUUAGACUUACUAUUGUAGUUAUAAUGGACUUGAUGUAUGCUUAAAAAUGUUUUCAUUACCCAAAUAAUUUAACUAUUAAAAAAAACGGAUAGAAUGUACGGUCAUGAAUCUGAUUUGAUUUUAACGUGCUUCAAUAGCAAGACUUUGGAAUAAAAAAGUAUCCAAAUAAUAUAUAAAUGGCAGGUAGUGUCUUCAGUAUAAAUAACGUCAUUUUAUAUUGAACUUUAUACACUUUAAGAUAGAGUUAAUAAGAAUUGUGAAAUGUGUACAGGAAAUGAUCAAAAGUGGUUACAAAAGUGCUACGAGAACCGUAGCAAAGCCCGUAGCGCGAUCCGUAGUCCGUAGCAGAACGUAGCAGGAACACAAAUUUAAACAUUAUAACCCUUAUUAAUAUAAUCGUCGUAGUUACAUAGUACAAUAAGAGUUGUUACGUACGGUAUGUUUUUCUACUUACGUUAUUAGUAAUGACUUUUUCAUAACAUUUUUAAUAACUCUUUACUACUACCGAACAAAAUUUCUUGUUCGUCGGUGAGAUGUACUUUUA